AAGCUAGGCAUUUUAUAUGUGCUAAUCAUUUUAGGGUCUGCAGCAACCCUCUGAAAGAGGUAAUAUCUACUUUUUUUCAAACGAGAAAACUAAGAAAAAAUGAAAUCACUUCUUCAAGGUCACUCUCAGGAGCAUCUGAUACCAAAGCCAAUUAAGUUACAAGGUGUUCUCCUUUUUCGAGGAGUGUGUUGGCUCAGGUGUUCCCACCAAUGGAACAACCCAGAUAAUAAAAAACAGUAGAUUCGCAAAGUUUUGCAUUUCCUGAGCAGGAUGGAUGGUAGAGAAAUCUGGUCUAAAAAUAUAGAAAGUACCAAGCAUCCUGGAAACUAACAUUUGUGUAGAUUAUCCAGAUGGCUAUACCUCAGUAGCUGUUGAUGUCUACACCUGAACAGCUUCUUCAUAUUGUCAUCAGCCCAAUAGCUACCUAUGCCUUAUUAGAGGAACUUGAAAAUUCCACCCUCCAGGACAGUGAUGAAUAUUCCAACCCAGCCUCUCUUCCCCUGGAUCAGCAUUCCAGAAAGGAGACUAACCUUACUGAGACUUCAAAGGUUCUUUCCGUUCAGGAUGACACAACCCCCUUGCAGGCGCAGCUCGUGUAUACCACCAAUAUCCAGGAGCCCAAUACGUGCAGUAAGCUCCAAGAGCCAAAGAAAUCACCACUUCCUAAAACCUCAGCAGCCGCUCAGUUGGAUGAGCUCAUGGCCCACCUGUGUGAAAUUCAGGCCAAGGUUGCAGUGAAAACAGAUGUGGGCAAGAAACACUUACCAGACAAGCAGGAUCACAAUGCCUCCCUGGACUCCAUGCUGGGGGAUUUGGAGCAGGACUUGCAGGACCUUGGGAUUGCCACAGUGCCCAAGGGCCACUGUGCUUCCUGCCAGAAACCGAUUGCUGGAAAGAUGAUCCAUGCUCUAGGGCAAGCGUGGCACCCAGAGCACUUCGUCUGCACUCACUGCAAAGGAGAGCUCGGCUCCAGUCCCUUCUUUGAGCGAGGUGGCUUGGCUUACUGCCCCAAGGACUACCACCAGCUUUUUUCUCCGCGCUGUGCCUACUGUGCUGCUCCCAUCCUGGAUAAAGUGCUGACGGCAAUGGACCAGACCUGGCACCCAGAGCACUUCUUCUGCUCUCACUGUGGAGAGGUGUUUGGUGCAGAAGGCUUUCAUGAGAAGGACAAGAAGCCUUAUUGCCGAAAGGAUUUCUUAGCCAUGUUCUCACCCAAGUGUGGUGGAUGCAACCGCCCAGUGUUGGAAAACUACCUGUCAGCCAUGGACGCUGUCUGGCAUCCAGAGUGCUUUGUGUGUGGGGACUGCUUCAGCAGUUUUUCUACUGGUUCCUUCUUUGAACUGGAUGGACGCCCAUUCUGCGAGCUUCAUUACCAUCAGCGCCGAGGAACCCUCUGCCAUGGAUGUGGGCAGCCCAUCACUGGCCGCUGUAUCAGUGCCAUGGGGCACAAGUUCCAUCCAGAGCACUUCGUGUGUGCUUACUGCCUGACGCAGUUAUCAAAGGGCAUCUUUAGGGAGCAGAAUGACAAGCCCUAUUGCCAUUCUUGCUUCAAUAAGCUCUUCCGGCUGUAAUGUUACCUGAACCCACCCACAGCCUCUUCAGAUCCACCAGAAAAUUUAAACCAAGAGAUGAAAGAGUACAAUUGCUAUUACUGACCUUCUGCUUAAUAGGUUUUUAGAGAAAGUAAAGGUGAUGAGCAAAAAGGAACUUAUAGAUGUUACAUGACUAGGCUUAACAAUUUCAAUAUUACCUUCCAUGCUAGCAAUCUAUGUCGUCACUAAAUAAGGCAACAAGCCAAUCAUGUGUUCUCUUGAAAUCCUAACAGUGCCAAUCAAUUCCAGCUCUCUUCCUUCUCCUUUUCCGUCCUCUUCCUCCUCUUCUUCCUCCUUCUCCUUCUCUUCUUCUUCCACUUCUUCUUCUUCUUAUCAGGUACUUGGAUUUAGAUCUGGGUCUUGCUAUCUAGGCCCUCUGCAGAUAUAUUUUCCACGUGCACAUAAUCAAUUUGCCACUGGUUUUCUCGGAUUUCUCCAUUUUCACCCACUACUGAUGCCCUGCUUGUAUCCCCUCCCCUUUGGCCCUCAUAACUGUCCCCUUUAGGUUUCCCCAUUUUCCCAUGGCUCACUUUCCCACAGUCACUGCUGUGGACUUUAUCCACAUUAUCAGGAGUUGUGAUACCACUUGUAAACUUAAACUACCUCUUGCCUCAGUAUAUUUCUCUUUUUCAAGGGGAAGUAGAUUUUAACUGGACAACGUUGAAUACUGACAUCAUUAAUAAAUAAAAUGGCUUGCAGUU